AUGCAGGGGGAUCUAGGGUCCCAGCGGAGUUUCAGUGUGUUGGACCGACUCCUCCACACACACCCCGUCUGGCUGCAGCUGUCCAUCAAUGCUGACUCCGCCCUCUAUAUCCUGCUCAGAGAACCUGUCGGGACAUUCCUGGUGCGUAAGUGCAGCUCCAGCCAGAGGAAGUUGUUGUGUGUCAGAGUGACCGCAGACCGAGCAGCAUCCUCCAUUAAGGAGUGUCUCAUAUGUGAGGAAGACUCCACCUUCGCCUUGGAGAGCUCCGCCCUCAGCUUCCCAGACCUCUGCCGAUUGGUGGCCUUCUACUGCAUUAGCAGGGAUGUGCUGCCUUUUCCACUGGAGCUCCCAGAAGCCAUUGCUCAGGCCUCCACCCACAGGAAGCUGGAGGCCAUCUCCCAUAUGGGAUUAGAGUUCUGGAGUUCACUCUCUGACACCCAGAAUGGACCUGGGGAUCUACAGGCUCCACCCACCAUCAAGGCUUCACCCAUUACCACCAAGACUCCGCCCACCAGUGCCAUGCAGGUCAAGGCGGGUCUGUCCCAGGACCUGUGUUACCUGCUGUCCCGCGGCAGACAGGAGUCUCUCUGCUUCAUUAACCCUCUCUUUCUCCAGCUUGAGCAGCAACAGCAGCCGCAACAGUCGAUCCCGGGGGCGUCCCACAAACGCCACCGCUUCAAACGCAGCAUGAGGGUCCGUGUCUCUACAGAGAGCUCCAUGACUCUGUCUGGUUGUGGAGGUGGUGGAGGGGGGGCUGGGUCGUUCCCCUUGCCCCCACCGGAGAACCCCAAGGACCAGGAGAGGCUCCAGCCCACACCCCUCCAGCCCAGUCCCAAACCGCACAGAAAGGUCCAUCCUGGGGCUGGCGUCCUGAGGAAAACCCCUGCACUGUCCCCCAUGUCGGCCGAGGAUGAGGACCUCGUGCCUGUACCGCCAGCGGUUCCAACAGAUCCUCCAGUGGGGGAGGUAGAGGAGGACCCAUCUGCUCCAGAGGAGCCCAGCAUCGAAGAGGCGUGCUUGGCCUUGGCGGGCCACCCAGCCCCCUCUCUGGCACAACUGGACAGCAGCAGCUCUUUCAGCAGUCUGGAGGAAGAGGAUCCAGGAGCAGAAGCAGAGGACCAGUUCUUCAAACAACCAAACCCCAACCCUCAGCACCGCCCGCCCCUGGUGCGCUCGCGGGGGGGUCACGGAGGCCUGCAGAGGAUGAGCGCGGCGUUUGUGUGUUUCUUUGCUCCAGAGAAGAGGCUCGCCAGGCUGGUGGAGGAGCUAUCCCGGGAACGGAGGUCUGCGUUUGGAUCCUUGGUCCAGGAGUUCCUCCAGAAGCAGAAAGAGGAGCUGAGAGGGGUCUUGACCCAGGCUGCCUCUUCAUCGUCGUCUUCCUCGCCGAAGUCCUCCUUGGCGGUGCUCCAGGGGCUGCGGUGCUUCUUGUCCCAGGCCAAGAGCUUCCUGCUGGACAGCGGAGAACUGUCGCCCCCCCUAGAGACCCUGGUGCCCGACAACGAGAAAGACAUAGCCCUGGAGAAGGCCAUGUUUGGCUGUGUGCUGAAACCUCUGAGGGUGCUGCUAGACCAGGCCCUCCUCUCCCUCCACAGACAGGACGGCUCCACCCAGCACCUGGCCUCUAGUCUCCUGGCCUGCCAAGAGGGGGCGAUGGAACGCCUCGGAGUGCUGGUGGGCGUGCCCGACACACGCGGAGUGGAGAGGGUGAGGCAGAAGCUGGGCCUCAUGCAGCGCACCCACUCACCCAUAGACAAGGUGCUGCUGCUGCUGCAGGUCUGCAAGUCGGUCCAGAAGGCCAUGGGGGCCCUCCACAACGGUGGACAGGAAGUGAGCUCUGAGGACUUCCUGCCGGCGCUGUCCUAUGUGAUAGUGAUGUGUAACACGCCUCAGAUCCUACUGGAGGUGGAGUACAUGAUGGAACUACUAGAGCCCUCCUGGCUCACUGGGGAGGGUGGCUACUACCUGACCAGUGUCUAUGCCAGCCUCUGUCUGAUCCAGAGCCCUGAAGCGAAGGGGGACCAAGUCCCCCCAGGAGGUCUGACCCGCGAGGCCCUGGACAGGCUGAGGAAAUGGGGCCGCAGACGCAGCCUGGAAGCCAAGAGCAACCGUGAGAGACAACAGAACCAGAGGUGUGUUCGGGUACUGUUCCAGGACGGCGAGCGCAGCGCUGUGCGGACGCUGCAGUGGAGAGCCGGGGAGAGCAGCGAGGCCCUAGCCCGGCUCUGUGCCUCCACCUUCGGCGUCUCCGAGCCCCAGGACUACACCCUCUACUGGAGGUCCGGGGGGGAGAUGAGGACCCUUCCCACCCAGACACAGCCUCAGGACCUGGCCAGCCACAGUGAGGGAGGCCCCUCUCUCUCCUACCUUCGCACGGACCACGACUUCAGCAAGAUGCGGCGCCUGACCAGAGGGGGAGCUGUGGACCUGGGGGAGUCCGUGUGUGAGGAGUGAAGGAGGGAGGGCGAUGGAGGGAGGAAGAGGAGGUGGAAGAGUUCUUCUCGGAUCUCAGCGUUUUUCGAUUUAUUGAUUGAUUAAAAAAGCUGUGUUGUGUCUUGGACGUGUUGUCAUAACUACAGCUCUCACUAAAGACUAAGGGGCAAGUCUCAAUUGGCACCCUAUUCCAUAGUGGAGGUUUAAAAGUUGUGCACUGCACUGUAUGGGCUCUGGUAAAUAGGGUGUCACUUGAGACUCAGCCUUAGAGGAAGGGCAGAUUGGUUGUCUAUUAUUCACAUCACUUCUGUCAAUCUGCUGCUCCUUGGUUGGAACCAUAGAAUUAGAAUGAAUUCUAUAAAUUAUAUUUCUAUGUUCAGAACCCUGUUGUUAAGGGU